UUAUCAAAAUAUUAUUUCUUUGCAUUAGAGUCCAUUGAACGUUGUAAGAAAUACCCGAAGCCCAAAAACGGUCACGUGGUUUGCGAUAGCCUUUUUCGACUGUUUUGUACUCCGGAGUGUAAUGAGGGCUUUACGUUUGAAUUCAAACCCGCUGUUAUGUACAUGUGUGGACCCAUAACAGGGAAAUGGUUUACUUAUCCUGAAGGAGAAAAAGUCCCCUGGCCAGACUGUGUAAGAAAAGAGAGGUAAACGUAACUUUCAGUUAUUUGCCGUGACAGUUAAAGUACUACGUAUACUAAAGUCUUCAAUAGCAUAUUUAAUAUCUUAAUAGCACCUUUUGAAACUGUUGUUCACGUUUAUUCACUUAGUACCCUUUUAUGCUAAAACCUAGUUUUAAAGAAUAAUUUAGCACUGGUCAAGUUUAUUCUUUUUCUACCUAGUAAUUACCUCAUUGCUUUUGACGGGCAAAAUGUCAAACUGUCAACAGCUGAGUCCUUAAAGAUUCACCUGUAAAGCCUAGCCUCCAUUGUUUGCUGAAGUGAGAAAGUUCAAAGAUAUCACCGUGGAGGGCUAAACGAUUUUCAUCACGGCGUCACUAAUCAGUUUUGUUGUGGUAAAGGAACAAAAUGUCUUAUUGAAAUAUUUAGAGAACAGCCGGUCAGGUGAUAAGUCAUCCCGUUUUAUAACUCGAUUUUGCUUGGUUUGUAUUUACCCUAGCUCCGAAAACCAUGCCAUAGGAAAUGACAUGACCAGUCGCAGAGCGCAAAUCGCUGCAACAUUGCAUGGCAUGCAUUUUGGCUUUUCUCCUUCCAAAUACCAACAACAGCCGGUACAACUUGGUAGACCAGAUGCAAGGUAACGUUAUCGUGGGAAUAGAGUGGUUUUCGUUUGAGUGUCGUAAAACCAAAACCAAAGUAAUUACUCUGGCCAAUCACAUAGGACACAGACAAUACAUUGAACCAAUCAAAACUCGAAGUAAUUACAUGUGGCUGACGCAAAGCGCGGGAAAAUGCAUGCGAGCGCGUCACAAUUGGCUUUGGUUUUACUUCUGAUUGGAUGAAAAGGUGGCGCGAAUCUUUUAAGCCAAUCGCAUCGUGUAGAAAGUGCAAAACCAAUUACUUUUCGACACUCAAAUGAAAACCGCUCUAUAGGCGAUGACCCUGUUUUCCGGUGGCCAUCCUCGGAGACCCAGGAGCGGUCAGUCGGGUCGGAGGAACGGUACGGCACGAAAUACUGACUGCCCCUGGAUCUCCAAGGAUGAUUUAUUGAAUAAAUUUUAGUACUUUAUUUAGUGUAGAAUAUUUCUUUACAUCAUGCUGCUACAGUAAAGUAUCAUUUAGUUUUGGCAACUUAAAGUUAAAUUCCCACUUGAUCAUAUACUGAGAGGGACGUAAUUAUUGCAAAGACUCCGACAGUGCAUGUUCGACCGUCAAAAAACGCGGAAUUGAUUCUCUUCCGAAACUGGUUGGUCCCAAGUUCCUCCCUUUCAAAGAAGAAUUAGCAGUGUUUUAGGAAAAUCACUCUAUCACGAAUAGCAUACCUUACGCUCGGUUACCAUCCGCUUUUUGAGGAGAUGUACCUGCCGCGAGCCUAAGCACACCCCAAUGUUAGGGUUUAAUUCUGAUAACUGACACGGCAGUAGAUCAGCCAUACGAUGAAAUGACGAAAAACAAAAAAAAGAUGCUUUGAUAAACUGAGACAGCGACAAAGACAAGCGCAAAUACAAUAGCAAACUACCGACAGACACAUGAAUUACUCCUCAAAAUACCUGAAAUAAAGGAUUUUGAAAUUCUGACAAGGGGCAUACGUACCUUCUUAAGAGGGCUUCGUUGAGGAGCGAUAACAAGUAAAUGGCCCAUGCCAUUUUUUGUGGAUUGCCCAGUGACGGAACUAAAACAUUAAGCACAGUCGCUAUUUAAUUACCAAAAGGAAUCAGGGUUGUCCUUCACUAGAAAUGUAACACUUCGACCUACAUUAAGACUUGUUGUUUUCAUUAUCGUAGAUAUCUUCAGAUGUUUAACUACAUUCAAAGAGCGCAGCAGCAAAAUAGUAACAACCAAGUGGGAAGAUAUCGCAGCCUGGACACUCGGGAACAACAUCGACAGCUUGAAUCACUACAGCGUCUGCAGCAAAGACAAAAAUAUUUACAGCUGCCAGAACAAUGGCAUAUGAGCAGACUGAGAGUAACACCAACUAGAUUAAUGGUAAAACCACAAAAUUAUCAACCACAAAUAUUUCAAAAGGGCCGCCAACAGGAUCAAAAACAGAAACAGCAGCAGAGAAAUUUACUGUUAUUGCAACAACAAUGGCGGAUAGGGAAACAGACAUGGCAACCACGAGAAUUAAUACAACAAUCACAGAAUUAUCAGCCAGAUCUUACUAACAAGGAACGCAAACAGCGUCAGGCCAUUGAUUCAACAGUUAUAGAUAAACAAUUAAAUGUUCAAACCAGCUAUCCGAAUUCGAGAGAAAAUAUUCUGACAAACAGAGGAAUGGGCAUUUCGCACAUUGCACCACCCGGGCGAGCAGAAUUAAGUAAAAACUUUAAAACAAGGCAAAUUCCUUAUAAAUACUCUUCUCCAUACACAACACUUCAAAGUACAUAUGAAGAAACAAAAAAGGGAAGUUCAUUGUUUCAACGAAGUAAUCUACAAGUUAAUUCCCGGCCUACCCUAAAAUACCCACAGCCUCAAAAUCGCAUUUUUGAGCAAAACAAGCCAAUAAUACCACAAGGGGGACUUCUUACGGCUGCACAAGAAAGAACCUCGCUUAGGCAGCAAAGCAGCUUGGCAUUAAAUUCCCAAAAAGAUGUAAAAUCACAACUUUGGAAAGAUAGCCGGGGCCAGAAUACUGCGCAUGCUGGUGUAGUCUCUCAACCUACCAAUCAAAUCGCAUCUACAGGCUUAGAUACAAAGCUAUCCAACCAAGCAGGGAGAGUCCCUAUUGGCCAUUCUCCUUUGAUGUUAUUAGGAACUGCCAAAACUCGAAAAGAGGACUUGGUCCAUAAAUCUGUGAGUUAUAAAUUUCCAAAUUACUAUGAAAACGCUCCAAACUUCAACUCAAAUCAGAUGCCAAAUACAACGUCUAAGAUGGACGAACGACCAAAAAAACUCAGAAAAAAGGAAAAGUUAUUCUAUUUUCCAAUCAAAAGAGACACACUUGUACAAAUAUUACUCACAAAUCUGCAAGAAAAAUUCAAAUCGUUUGAUGAAAAAAGAAGUAUUAACUCAACAAGUCAAAGAACUUCAACAAACAAAGAAAAUGUCACCAAAUUACACGUUCCGGAUGGCUCUCAAGCUAAAAAUUCAAAUUAUGGAUACGGAAUUAAGCCACCGAGUGCACCUGCUCCGACGAUACAACUGAAUAAAUCGCAAACUUUCGAUUCAUCAAGAAAUAUUCUAUAUAAUUAUUUUGCAAAUGACAGUGAAUCCCACAGAGCCAGAAAAGAUAGUGUUUAUGCACCGAACAAUCUAUAUGACAAGCCUUCUGCUGUGAACCCCAAUCCCGAGGUUCCAGAGUACAGGCCAAUACAUGUGUAG